CUGUCAAAGAGUUUGCUAUAAUCCCUCUGCACACCACACCAGAGACAGCAGUUCGGGAGAUUGAUGAGCUCUAUGAUGUGUAUCUAGAUAUAAAACAGUGCUGGAAAACCGAGAACUUCAUUUUCAUGGGGGACUUUAAUGCUGGAUGUAGCUACGUUCCCCAAAAGCAGUGGAAGAACAUCCGGCUGAGGACUUACUCCGAAUUUGUCUGGCUAAUCGGUGACAAAAAUGACACAACGGUGAAGAAAAGCACAAGCUGCCCGUACGACAGGAUCGUGGUCAGCGGGCAGAAGCUCAUCCACGCCAUCGUGCCACACUCUGUCAACAUCUUUGACUUCCAGAAGGACUUUCAGAUGACCGAGGAGCAGGCACUGGGGUUGAGUGACCACUACCCAGUGGAGUUUGAGUUAAAAACAAAAGGUGGCUUCUUCAACUGGCUGAAAUCGCAGUUUUCAAAGAAGAGGAGACCAAGAAAGAGCCGCCGCUCGAGCAUGAGCGUGCCUGCCGAUUCCUCUCACAUGGCAUGGAAGUGCACAGACGCCGACAGACCUUGUAGAAGACUAAGCUGCAACCGGCGGGACACAGGUCUGUGCCUGGUGAUCCGCAAU